UUCGUCAGGGAACCGCCAAGUUUUCGGUUGGCAGUCUUUAGAACCGGCGUGAAAAAACGCUUUCUGUAGGUAAAUAAAAUACACAUUUCUGGUUUUCUAGUGGAGCUUUCGUUUUAGAGAUACAACAGGACGUGCAGAAAGGGUGCCAAAAUGAUGGGACGUGGAGGAUCAUAUUGUGUGUCCAGAGGGACCAGUUUUGCUCAGGUCCUCAAAAAGAACAUGGUUGUUACACCCGGUUGCUCCUCAUUCGUCCCGCAACCUGCAUCUGAUUUCCACACCUACACCAAACCCAAACCACUCGACCAGGCUGGCAACUCUCCCGACAAAAUCAGCUCUGGACCAAAAAACAUUCCCAAAGAGUUGAUCGAAAGGUACAAGCGAGGAGAGACUCAUGCUGUGUCUUUGCUGUACCAACUCUCUCAGGUGUUACAGUUCCAGGUGGAGAUGAAAGAGACUGUCACUACAGGAGGAAUAACAGGUUUCUACUUUGCAUUCUGUGCUGUGAUUGAUGGAGUGGAGUAUAAGACUGGCAUGGGCGUCAAUAAGAAGGAAGCUCGGGCCAAAGCAGCUCAGUUGGCUCUCGAGGAGCUUUUGCCUGUUCUGGAGAAUGAUGGUGUUCUUCCUGAUUCUUUUGUGGGACCCCCUCCGCUGCCAGUGAAGGAAAGAGAAUACCCACUGUCAGAGACCCAUUUUGGAAGAACAGUGUUUGAGAGGAAGAAUCCUGUAAAAGACCAGAUACCCAGUACCAUUAAAGAGAUGUUCUCCAAGCUGAUGGACAGUUACCCAGAGUUUGCUGGCUGUGGUGGAACAGUGGCUGCUUUUGUUACACAGACUUCAAUUGGCUGUGAAGUAGUGGCUCUUGGCACAGGCAAUUUAAACACUAAGGAGAGCCUAACACCUAGUGGACGCAUCCUUCAUGAUUCCCAUGCUGUGGUCACUGCACGGAGAUCGCUCAUGAGGUAUCUGUACAGACACCUUCUGCUGUUCUUCAGUAAGAACCGUUCUUUGGAAGAGAAAUCUAUCUUUCAGCAGGAUCAGAAUACCAAACUGCUGAGUCUGAAGAGUCACAUCACCCUGCAUUUGUACCUCAACCAGUUGCCCAAAGGAGCUGCUCAAAUACCUUCUCACCUUCGGCUGAAUCCUUUGUCCAUUUCGGCAUGGGAAGUAAAUAAUCAGAUUGGACUGCAUGUGACGAUUGAUGGGAAGGUCUUCUCCGUUUUCUCCUCUACAUUUGAGCAGUGUGGUUCUCAUGUGGUCAGUAUGUCUGCUACUGACAAGAUCACACAGUGGCAGGUUUUGGGUUUUCAGGGGGCACUCCUGAGCCAUUUCAUUGAGCCCAUCUACGUCAGUAGCAUUCUUAUCGGUGAUGAGAGCUGCAGUGAUACUCGUGGUAUGGAGGUAGCGAUAAAUCAGAGAGUGGAUGGCAUCACUUCCAAGCUUCCUAUGUAUUACUGUGUGUAUCGGCCACACAUUAGUCUGGUGCCCUCAGUGAUGGCUACAGAUGCCCACAGCACCCAAAGAACACUCAGCCUCAACUGGAGCCAAGGAGAUGUCUCACUUGAAGUUGUUGACAGUCUGGAUGGCAAAACAGUGGAGGAGUCUCCCUUUAAGAGUGGCCCUGCUCUUGCCAGUCGCCUGUGUAAGGCUGCCAUGUUGAGUCGUUUCAACUUGGUAUCAAAAGAGGCACAAAGAGAAGAGCUGCUCACUGCUGUUUCCUACAGGGAAGCCAAGAUGAUGGCCAAGCCAUACCAGGAAGCAAAGAGUGUGUUAAAGUCAUAUUUGGCCACGAGGGGCUACGGACAGUGGGUAGAGAAGCCACCAAUCAGUGAUCACUUCACUAUGUGAAAUCCUCAGAUGAAAAUCACACUGAAGACAGGUUUGAUAGUUCAGGAUAUGGUUUGUUUAUUAUCAUUAUUACCAUAAUGUUAUGAUAUCACAUUACGUUUUUGAAACAGUUUUUGGCCCUAAUUACAGAAUAUUUGGCUGUGUGAAUCUGUUGUUUCUUGAAGAAUCAGCAAAAUGUUUUCUGUUGAUUUUCUUUUAAUUUAAGCUUUAAAAGGUGUCGAAUUUGAAACGUAGACCAAAGAAAUAUUUGUUGUUUGAUUACUAUGGAAAAGUCUUUCUCAGAUGUUGACUGUACUUUGGAAGUGUAAGUCUAUUGGUCAGUGUGGACUUGUGUUAAGAAAGGGAAUGGCACUUAAAACUUGACAAAAUAAAAGGUUCUUAGAUAACACAUAAAAUUG